GGCGGGGCAGAGGCGUGGGCUCUGCCACGUCUGGGUACGGUUCCCGGCUGUGGCGCGGGUGGAGGUGGCGCUGCCUCUGCAGCCGGAUCCAGAUCCGGAUCCGGUGCUGUGGAGCCCGGAGGGGGAAGCGUCCGACGCGCCUGGAGGGGAGCGCCGACUGCGGGGCCCGGCGGCGGGUCGUACUGGAAAGAUGAAACCUGAUGACACUCCUAUGUUUGACCCAAGUCUACUCAAAGAAGUGGACUGGAGUCAGAAUACAGCUACAUUUUCUCCAGCUAUUUCUCCAACACACCCUGGAGAAGGCUUGGUUUUGAGGCCUCUUUGUACUGCUGACUUAAAUAGAGGUUUUUUUAAAGUACUGGGCCAGCUGACAGAGACUGGAGUUGUCAACCCUGAGCAAUUUAUGAAAUCUUUUGAGCGUAUGAGGAAAUCUGGGGACUAUUAUGUUACAGUUGUAGAAGAUGUGACCCUAGGACAGAUUGUCGCUACAGCAACUCUGAUAAUAGAACAUAAAUUCAUCCAUUCCUGUGCUAAGAGAGGAAGAGUGGAAGAUGUUGUUGUUAGUGAUGAAUGCAGAGGAAAACAGCUUGGCAAAUUAUUACUAUCAACUCUUACUUUACUAAGCAAGAAACUGAACUGUUACAAGAUUACUCUUGAAUGUCUACCACAAAAUGUUGGUUUCUACAAAAAGUUUGGGUACACAGUGUCUGAAGAAAACUACAUGUGUCGGAGGUUCCUAAAGUAAAAAUCUUAAGAGAACUGUCAACAAAGGGGGUCAGUGCUAAAAGGCUUUAACUCUCUGUAGAGUUACAUUUUGUUGCUGCAACACAGUGACCUGCCUACAGACUGGACUGAAAUAAAGAACAUUGUAAUACAAGUGUAAUGACAUUAAAAGAUUACUCUGGGCUUAUGUGAGUUUAGAUCACAAAUGAUUAUUAUAAAGGGGGUGAUUUUUAACCAAAGGAAUAUAUUUUUAACUUGAAUCUUUUCUUGCAUUGUAUUUUUCUAAAGUUUGGCUUCAUUUCUCAGUAGUCGAGUACACUUAGUAAGUUUACAUGUCUGCUUUAUGUGCUGCUCACUAAAAAAAAUACAUUUAGUUAGAAUUAGGUAUUUUUUUCCAAAGAAAUAUCUAGACUUAGGGGUUUACACCAUAUUAUAUGAAAUCGAUAAAUUGGCUAUUAUAAAUAUAUAUUUAUACACUGAAAAUUCUUGACCUUAAUACUGGAAAACAACCUGGGCAGCUUUUUAAAUGAAGUAGAAAUAGGUGUGGCGUAAGUGGCACAGUGUCCCACCUAGCAAGCUCAAGGCCCUAAGCACAAGUACUGCCCAAAAAAGUACAAAAAAUGAAAAUUAUCUCAUAAAAAUAUGACAGAUGCAAGGUAUAGUAAACGUUUUACUAAAAUUUAUAUGGUUCUGUGUAUAACCAAUUGCUUGUCUUAUCUGUCAAAUACAAUUAUUCAUUUGUUAAAAUUACCCAAGAGCAAAUAUAGGGCAUCAGUUUUAAACAGUGAAUUAAUAGCACGUGUGUGCGUGUACGUGUGUGUACCAUUUUUUCUGGAUAUCUAAAUGAUACUUUUCCUGGAGUCACAUUUUAAUGAAACAUGGAAUAUUAUAAAAUUAAUUGAAUGUGGUACUUAGAAAUGUGGCACUGUAACAUUUUUGAAAUGUUGAUGGAAGUUUUUCUACUUAAUGUGAUUAUCAUGAUAGCAUUAUUCUAGUCACUGUCUUGGUUAAUUUUAUUUAUUUUAAUGAUUUUUUUUUUUAAGUCAGAGGAGUAAUGGCUCUAGUCUUUUGCAUUCCAUGCUAACAUUAAAC